GACCAUGAUCCCAGAAACCUCCUCACCAGGAAGUGACAACCUACAUAGGUUUGGGUUUGUUUUGACGAUGAUGGAGGAAGAAGAAUUUGAACUUACUGAAGAUUUGGAGGCUAUUUUGCAUUUGACUCCAGAGGUGCAGUUAGCUAUUGAGCAGGUUUUUCCUAGUCAAGAUCCACUGGACAGAACUGAUUUCAAUGCUGUGGAAUACAUCAACACGCUCUUUCCCACUGAGCAGUCUCUGGCCAAUAUAGACGAUGUCGUAAACAAAAUUCGCCUAAAAAUUCGUCGCCUUGACGACAACAUCAGGACCGUGGUGAGAGGCCAGACCAAUGUGGGUCAAGAUGGUAGACAGGCUUUGGAGGAGGCUCAGAUCGCCAUUCAGCAGCUCUUCGGCAAAAUCAAAGACAUAAAGGACAAAGCAGAGAAAUCUGAGCAAAUGGUGAAGGAGAUUACGAGGGACAUAAAACAGCUGGACCACGCCAAGCGCCACCUCACUACUUCCAUCACCACCCUGAACCAUCUCCAUAUGCUGGCGGGGGGUGUCGACUCUUUAGAAGCGAUGACCAGAAAGAGGCAGUACGGGGAAGUGGCCAACUUGUUGCAAGGAGUUGUCAACGUGCUUGAACAUUUCCACAAAUAUAUGGGUAUACCUCAGAUCAGGCAGCUGUCAGAGAGAGUAAAAGCAGCUCAGAGUGAGCUGGGAACGCAGAUCCUGGCAGAUUUUGAAGAGGCCUUUCCUGCGCAAGGCUCUAAGAGAGCAGGUGGACCCAGUAAUGUGCUGAAAGACGCCUGUCUGGUAGCAAACGUGCUUGAUCCUCGAAUCAAACAGGAAAUCAUUAAAAAGUUUAUCCGGCAGCACCUCUCAGAGUAUUUAGUACUUUUUCAAGAAAAUCAAGACGUAGCUUGGUUGGACAAAAUUGAUCGGCGGUAUGCCUGGAUCAAGCGUCAACUGUUGGACUAUGAAGAAAAAUAUGGACGCAUGUUUCCUGAAGAGUGGUGCAUGACGGAGCGCAUUGCUGUGGAGUUCUGCCACAUCACCAAGGCAGAGCUUGCCAAAGUGAUGCGGACUCGGGCGAAGGAAAUAGAAGUGAAGCUGCUUCUGUUUGCCAUACAGAGGACCACUAAUUUUGAAGGCUUGCUGGCCAAACGCUUCACAGGAUGCACUUUGACGGACACACCAGGGCAAAAGAGGCCUGAGAGCCCAUUAGAGCCAACAAACCCCUUUCUGGAGGAUGAUGCAGGAGAGGACGUGGGGACAGACAAGGAUGGAGGUCUUGCUAAGCCUAAGAAGCCCAAAGCUCCAGACAACCCUUUCCACGGCAUGAUCUCCAAGUGCUUUGAACCUCAUCUAUAUGUCUACAUCGAAUCCCAAGACAAGAACCUGGGUGAACUGAUAGACCGUUUCGUGGCCGAUUUCCGCGCCCAAGGCCCACCCAAGGCAGGCACAGAGGAAGGUGGAGCAGUGCUGCCCAGCUGUGCUGACCUGUUCGUCUAUUACAAAAAGUGUAUGGUGCAGUGUUCUCAACUGAGCACUGGAGAACCUAUGAUUGCUCUAACAACCAUCUUCCAGAAGUUCCUUAGAGAAUAUGCCUGGAAGAUUCUCUCUGGAAACUUGCCAAAAUCCAGCAGCAACAGCGGGGUUCUGACUAUCACCAGUUUGCUAAAGGAAAAGGAGGGCUAUGAGGCAUCAAAGUUCACCGUAGAUGAACUCUGUCUGAUUUGCAGCAUUCUUAGUACUGCAGAGUAUUGUCUGGCCACCACUCAACAGUUGGAAGAGAAGCUGAAAGAAAAAGUCGAUAAAGUCCUGACUGAGAGAAUCAAUCUGACCGGGGAGAUGGAUACUUUCAGCACUGUCAUCUCAAACAGCAUCCAGCUGCUAGUGCAGGAUCUGGAUGCUGCCUGUGAUCCUGCUUUGUCGGCUAUGAGCAAGAUGCCGUGGCAAAGCGUGGAGCACGUGGGGGACCAAAGUCCUUACGUCACGUCAAUCAUCAUGCACAUUAAACAGAACGUCCCAAUCAUAAGAGACAACCUUGCCUCUACGCGCAAAUACUUCACUCAGUUCUGCAUCAAAUUCACAAAUUCUUUCAUUCCUAAAUUCAUCAACCACCUGUUUAGAUGUAAGCCUAUCAGCAUGGUGGGAGCUGAACAGCUGCUCCUCGACACUCACUCUCUGAAAACCGUCCUGUUGGAUCUGCCCUCCAUCGGCUCCCAGGUCCUCCGCAAGGCGCCUGCCAGCUACACAAAGAUAGUGGUGAAAGGCAUGACUCGAGCAGAAAUGAUCCUUAAGGUGGUGAUGGCUCCACAUGAACCCCCAGUGGUGUUUGUUGAUAACUACAUCAAGCUCCUGGCUGAUGGCAAUCCUGAGACUUUCCAGAAGGUUCUGGAUAUGAAAGGACUGAAGCGCAGUGAACAGAGCAGCAUGCUGGAGCUAUUCAGACAAAGACUGCCCACUCCACCCUCUGGGAACGACGGCGGCCCCUCUCUGUCUUUUAGCGCCCCCACUCCUGAGCAAGAGUCCUCUCGGAUCCGCAAACUAGAGAAACUCAUCAAGAAGAGGCUGUGAACACAACCCUCUUCCUCACAGACAGCUGCUGAUGUAUGAGGGACUGAAAUAAAAGCAUCCCAAAACAAAGACUACUACAGUAAAGGAACAUCCCUAUGAGAAGCUAAGAAACAGACCUGUAGAUGAAGAUCCAAAAAUAUUGAAUUAAUAAAUGUAGCUGAAUUCUGCUGGCCUUGUGCCACUAUAGUUCACAUAUGUUUCAGGUUUAUUGUUAUUCUGUUCUCUUUAUUUAUUUAUUCACCUUUUUUCAAAUGGUAAUCAUUAGACAGAAAUGUGGAUGUUUAAGGACAACGUUUGGAAAAGGAUUCCAGUCUCUUUGCAAUGAAAUUGGAAAAAUGGAUGGAGGCUGAAACUAUGAAAGAAAAUAAUAUUGCUAAUAACAGAUACAAAGAUUAGGGUCAUUUUAAUUAAAAAUAUAAAAGCUAAGGGAUACAAGAAAAAGCCUCAUACAUCCAAAUGAAAGGCAAUGCUGUCAAAGCAAUGUUUGAAAACAGCUUAAAAGGAACUAAUAUUACAUCAUGAAUUAUUUAUUUGCCUUUUUUUUUCUCGUGUUUUGUCAGUUUUAGUUCUUUCUACUGAUGUGGCCUUCAGCUGCUUUGCAGAUUUCCAUCUGAAAGAUCAUCUUUGCUGCAUUCAGUGAACAUGAAGGAUUCUAGACAAAAAGAGCAGGUUCACUGACUUCUGUCGCUGAAAAUCAUUUGAACAGCCUGUGGAUGGACGAUGAGGAAACUUCCUUGGCAGCUGGUUGCUGUUUCAUGUGCAAAAUACUUGUGUAAUAUUUCCACCUCAUUUUAAGACACUAAGAAGUCAGAGUUUUGCUCUGAAAGCUUCUGCCUUCUUCCUUAUUGUGCUGCAUGUAAUUCACAAUCUAUGAGUCUGACGUUAACGUUUUUUCUCAAGAUUCUAGUCCUUGAAAUAAACGUUAUUUGAUUUGGUUAAAAA